AUGUUCCAUCUCGCAAAGUCGCUUUACCAGUACGCUACAAGCAAAGAAGAGUACUCAAUUUUGCUGCUCGGCCUCGAUAACGCGGGCAAGACGACGCUUCUAUCGCAGAUCAAGGCGCUCUACAUCCCACCUACCGACGGACAGACACAGCAGGUCUCUGCAAAGACGGUGCCAACGGUGGGACAGAAUGUCUCUACCAUCUCGUUACCGGACAUGUACUUGAAGAUAUGGGACAUCGGGGGCCAGAUCUCCAUGCGCGGCCUCUGGCAGAGCUACUAUUCCAGCUGUCACGCCAUCAUCUUCGUGGUUGACAGCGCGGACGUGGGGGAUGACCCGGAUGUCUCUGACCUUGCCCCGUUGGCUACACCUAGAGAUGGCAGCGAAGUGGACAUAACUGCUGACGACGGUGGUGAGGGCGGUGAUGGUGCAUCACUGACAGACGGUGCGCUCGAGAUACAGAAGAUUGAGUCAAUUGAUCAUGCCGGGCGGUUUGGCAGGUUGGACGAGUGUCGGCAGGUUCUUGAGUCUGUCCUCCGGCACGCGGACACAGCCGGUGUACCUAUUCUUGUGCUGGCCAACAAGCAAGACAGAGAAGACUGUGUUGAGGUCGUCCGUAUCAAAGAAGGCUUCGUUCGUAAGGUCUUUGAGGGCCAGGAAGGAGGCGGCGUACGGGACAGCAGGGUGCUCCCUGUCAGCGCCCUUACGGGGACUGGUGUCCAGGAGGCCGUUGACUGGGUCAGGAGUCGUGUAAAGUGGAAUAAGGAAGGCCGGCCGCCCGUCAUGAGGUAG